CGCCGAGCCAAUAAUACUCGGAAGGCGUCGUACUUUCACGUGUGGACUUCGAAGAAUUUCUAGAAAUUUCUUGAUCAUUUUUUUUUUUAUAUAUUAAGUGUUUGUCAACAAAUAAUUUCUGGAAUCUACGUUAUUGAGAACUACUAAAAAACAUAUCAUUGCCAUUUUGACUGUGUGAAACGUUGUGAAAAAGAAAACAGUGAACCGGCGUGUUUUCCUCAUCUUAAUUUUUGUCUGAAUAGAAAAAUUAUCAGUAACUCGCCAGGAUGGCUGUUGUCGGUUUAGAUAUAGGCAACUUUUCCUCAUAUGUUGCCGUGGCAGCAGGAGGUGGAAUUGAUACUGUUGCCAAUGAAUACAGUGAUAGAUGUACACCGUCCUAUGUCUCUCUGAAUGAAAAGAAUCGUUAUAUGGGGAUGUCAGCAAAAAAUCAAGCGACAACAAACGUGAAGAACACUAUAUCCUGCUUUAAGAGGUUACUGGGAAGAAAAUUUGACGACCCUCAAGUUCAGCGAGAAAUAAACCACUACUUUACUCCCUACAAGAUUGUCGGAGGCCAGUCAGGAGAAACCUUGAUACAAGCAGAGUACAUGGGUGAAAUGCAGCAGUUUACACCAGAACAAUUGAUUGCCAUGCUUUUGACGAAAUUGAGAGAUACUGGUGAAAAGGGACUUAAAACAAAAGUUGUUGAUGUAGUAGUUUCUGUUCCCUGCUUCUACACAGACGUUGAGAGACGAGCAAUGAUUGCCAGUUGUCAGAUGGCCAGUCUGAACUGCCUCAAGAUCAUGAACGACACAACCGCAGUAUCUCUAUCCUAUGGUAUCUACAAGCAGGAUCUGCCGGCAGAAAAUGAGAAGCCGCGAAAUGUGAUCUUCGUAGAUGUUGGCUACAGCGCCUUACAAGUCUGCGCCACAGCCUUCAACAAGGGCAAACUAAAAGUCCUAGCUGUUCAAACCGACUCUUGUCUAGGGGGACGGGACUUUGACAGACUCUUAGUUCAUCACUUUGCGGAGGAAUGGAAGACAAAAUACAAGGUGGAUGCCUUCUCUAAACCCAAGGCCAUGAUUCGAUUGGCCUCAGAUUGCGAAAAACUGAAGAAACUAAUGAGUGCAAACACACAGCCCAUUCCUAUAGGCAUCGAGUGUUUCAUGGACGAUAAAGACGUUCAGGGGAAGUUAGAUAGGGCUCAGUUCGAGGAAAUGGUAGCUCCACUUUUACUGAGAGUAGAGAAGGUGUUCAAGAAAAUUUUAGAAGUAACAAAGUUGAGUACAGAUGACAUCUACUCAGUUGAGAUAGUGGGUGGAUCCAGCCGUGUCCCCUGCAUAAAGGAGUUAGUGACGAAAGUGUUCCAAAAGGAGCCUAGUACCACCCUGAAUGCUGACGAAGCAGUGGCAAAGGGUUGUGCUCUCCAGUGCGCGAUCUUGUCACCGACGUUCCGGGUUCGAGACUUUGCCAUCCAGGACUGUCAGCAGUUCCCUAUCACGCUUUCCUGGCAGGGAGGAGGCCUGGAUGAGGACAGUUCUAUGGAGGUGUUCCCAGAGUUCCACACAAUUCCAUUCUCCAAGAUGCUCACAUUCUACCGCAAGGAUCCCUUCUACCUGGAGGCCCGAUAUUCCAAACCAAGCGAGCUACCUAUACCAGAUCCGUUCAUUGGCAAGUUCAACAUCACCAAUGUUCAACCCCAGGCCAACGGCGACAGUUCUAAGGUGAAGGUGAAAGUACGUAUCAACAACAAUGGGAUGUUCACUGUCCAAUCAGCAAGCAUGGUGGAGAAAAUAGAGGAAACCCAGGAGGAACAGGGCCCUGAAUCCAUGGAAACAGAUGCCGGAAAGGAGAACAAUGAUAGCAACAGUGAGGCGGUCAAGACUGAAGCUUCGAUGGAUACAGAGCAGGGUCCAACUCCUGAUGCAGAGCAGAAAGCAGAUAGCAAGGAUGGGGAUAGCAAGGACGCGGAAAGCAAGGAUGCAGAAAUGAAGGAGGAGAAAAAGGAAGAAGACAAAAAGUCAGAGAAGAAGAAGGCCAAGGUGAAGAGCAUUGACCUUCCUGUGGAGGCGAUGGUGGCUUCAUACAGUAAAGAAGCUAUCAAUCUACUGGUAGAGCGGGAGAACGCCAUGAUCAUGCAGGACCGACUGGAGAAGGAGCGAUGUGACGCGAAAAACGCUGUGGAGGAGUAUGUGUAUGAUAUGAGGGACAAGCUAUGUGGGCCACUUGAGACAUACAGCAUGGAGGAGGAUCGUGAGAACUUCAGUAAACUCCUGGGCGACACUGAGGAAUGGCUUUACGAUGAGGGCGAAGACCAGAACAAACAAGUCUACAUUGACAAACUAGCAGAAUUAAGGAAAAUUGGAGAUCCAAUCCAGAGCCGGUACCGGGAAUCCAUGGAGAGACCCGAUGCGUUCAACAGUUUGGGACACCAGUUACAGCUUGUGAGAAAAUUCCUUGAUGCUGUUGCAGCUAAGGAUGAGAAAUUCAGUCACUUGGAGAAAGAAGACAUUGAAAAAGUAACAAAAUGCUUAAAAGAGAAGCAAGAAUGGUUUGAUAAACAAUUGAAUGCUCAGAACAAGUUGAAGAAACAUGAAAAUCCUGCAGUGUUAGCUUCACAGAUUAGGCAAACUGAACAGAGUUUGAUGUCAACCUGUAAUCCAGUCAUCAACAAACCAAAACCAAAGCCUAAAGAGGAACCACCUAAGGACGACAAAAAAGACGCAGCCAAGGACGCUAAGACAGACGAGCAGGGAAACAAGACAGCCUCCCCUAACAAGAAUGCCAACCCCGCUGGUGAUGCCAAGGCCGAACAGGCUAACGGCCCGGCGGACAUGGACGUUGAUUAAUAAUUGUUCAGUUCUAGGGUUUAUAAUAACAACUGUGUUUAUAUUGUAUUCAUGUGCUGUAAGUGUUGAUGAGCUGUGUAUUGAUCUUGUUCUGCGUAUAUCAUAUUUUGUUAGCAUGUGUUCUUUUUUAUUUUGGAAAAACAAAUCAAAGUUGUACAAGAGUAAAUUAUGCUUUAAGUGCUCAUAGUACUUUGAAGUAAUUACUAUACCGUAUUUGUCUUAAAAUAUGCACAGACCAGUCUAGUUAACCUCCCUUUGCGCUGGUUAAGGUAACAUGAAAGAUAUGUAGGUGUUAAGAACUGCUAAAGCAGCAUUGUUCACAAUCUAAAAUUGUGACAACUACCCAAUCUCCGCCUUCCCUUCGUCUAUUGGGCAUAUGCGUCUCAACUUGUCUAUCAAGACAAAUACGGUAUAAUCAAUGAAAUAAUUGUGUAGUUGAUAUUGUAUUGACAGUGUCCAUCAUUUAUUGCAUAUAUAGUGCAAAGAGACACAUAUGAAUUGUAGUUAAUUCUGCGAACAGGUUAACAUGUAGAUGUAGUCAUAUGAUUUGAAAAGGUAAUGUUUUUAUUAACUCAAACACAUAUGGUUAGUAUUAUCACUGGUGAUGAUCUGGAUGACUCCCAUUAUUUACCUUGAUUGCAACAUUCCUAAGACCUAAGACUGAUGUAAUAUAUUUAGGUGUGGCAGUCGUCAAAUAUACAAGUAACAUGGCAAUUAUUAUUCAAUUUCAAUGCCGAAAUUUGUAUGUGUUUUUAUUUUAAGCUCUGUUUAGGUAAUUGUUUAAUUUAUCACUUUGUAAUUGUACAAUUUAUGUUCAUGCUUAUAAUGCAUCAAAAUCAAUAAUUAAUCGAUAUUUAAUUGAAAAGAUUUGAUUUCAUCGAUUUUUUUCAUGCACUAAGUGCUAUCACUGUUGUUUUUUUUAAGUAAAAUGGGCUGAAAUGAGUGUAACAGUAAAAAGAUAUUUUCAAACAGUGAACUUGUCAAAAUAUAAUCAAGUUAUUUUUCAAUAAACCACCAAAAAGCUCGAAAUAAAAAUUAAAAAACAACAACAACUUUUUAACUUAUUUACAGAUACCGUAUGAAUAUUUAAGGCAAUGUUAAGUUUUGUUUUGUGUUUUCUGCACUUAUAAAAAUUGUACUUUUGCUGUUACUGAAGUAAAUUAUUGCAAAUCAGAAAACUAUCAUGGUCUUCAAUAAACAUCGGCCAUACA